GCGGUCUCUUGACGUUGAAGUGUUUCUCUUCUUUACGUUUCUAUCUCUAUCUAUAGUCACAAUGGUUAACACAAAGACAAACCAAAAGAGAACAAAAGGUCGACAAAAGAUAGAGAUCAAACCAAUUGAAAGGAAAAGCAAUUUGCAAGUAACCUUCUCGAAACGCCGUGCAGGUUUAGUCAAGAAAGCAAGUGAACUCAGUCUCCUUUGCGGAGCUCAGGUGGCGCUUAUCGCCUUUUCGCCAGGCAAAAAGGUAUUCGCAUUUGGCAAUCCUAAUGUUGAUGUUGUUCUGGAUCGCUAUCUAAAUGAAGGUACUUUUGCGUCUAACGAAGACGAGCCGACGACCUUAAAUAUUGACGAUGUUAAUAUGAAAAACCCUAAUGUUCCAAAAUGGAAUAAAGAGUAUGAGGAGGCAGUGAAGGAGUUAGAGGAGGAGACGAAGUGUUUGGCGAAGAUUGAAGAAUGGAAUAAAGUGAGAGAAAAUAUGAACGCAGGUUUUUGGUGGGAUGAGCCUAUUGAUAAUAUGGGUGUAGAGGAGCUUGAAGAGUAUGUUUGUGCAUUGAAGGUGUUGAAGGGAAAUGUUGGUAUUAGGGUUAAUGAGUUGAUGAUGAUGGGUAAUCAAAAUUAUAAUAUGGAUGGUUUUGAAUGUAAUGGUGCUAGUAAUGGAGGAUUUGGUUUUGGAGAUGGGUCUUAUUGAAGUGUUUUAAUAUGGUGGCUUUGAUUAUUUGUGUGUUUAGUGUUUAUUAUACUGAUUAAUGAUGAAAGAAUGGUUAAUUAUAAGAUAAAUUAAUAGAUGGAAGUGUCAAAGUGAGGGAUGAAUGCUUCUGUUUUUCCUUUUAAUUUUUGUUUUUGAAUGAUAUUGUUUGAUUUUUCAUA